UUGCACCACAACGACCACGCUUGGAAUAUGAGGGCGCCCAUGUACCGCCUGGCCAUAACAUUACCGUGGACGCUGGCUCCUUGGCCACAGUUAAGUGUGUCUCCCACUAUGGCAAUCCACCUGCAACACUUAAGUGGUUUCUGGGUGACCAAGAAAUCGAACCCAUUCACCCGCAAACGAAUGCCACCGAACCAGAUAAUCCUCGCACAUGGUCUGCCACAUCGGUUGUCCAAUUGACAGCAAUGCGUGAACGGCAUGGUGACAUUUUACGUUGCUUGGCUUAUCAUGAAUCGUAUACGGCGAAAACGGUGCCCGUCGAAGCCAGAUUAGAUGUGAAAUACGCACCAACAAUACGUCUAAUUGGCUCACCGGAAAUCGACUUGGAAGAGGAUAAAGAUGCAUUGAUAUUACGCUGUGUAGCGGAUGCCAAUCCACCGGCCAAUAUUGUUUGGCGGCGUGCAGGACGUUCUGAAAUUGCCAGUCUACAGGAAACUUUACAACUACGACCAGUUGGACGACGUGAUGCCGGCUUAUAUACCUGUGAGGCACGAAACUCCGUUGGUACCUCAGAACAGUUAUCUGUGCAGUUGGAUGUGAAAUAUCCCCCCAAAAUAUUGUCCGCUGGACCGGAUCGUUUAACCACAGCACCAUUAUUUACACCAGCCGCCUUUGAAUGUGUGGCCGAUGGCAAUCCAAUGCCCUCGUUUAAAUGGGUUCAACG